AUGAAAUAACAAAAGUACUAGAGAAGAACUCCUAAUAAUUUCAAGAAGAUAUUGAAGAAAAAUCCAGCUCAGAAAAUGAGCUAGGGAAUGAAAGCAAAAUCUGGUGUGAAAAAUGUGGUUCUGGACCCUAUGCCUCAGGGCCUUCAUACUAUGCCCAUAUCCGCUCCGAACAUUAAGGAAAAACACCUAUAAAUAACAGAUAUCACAAGAACCUCAAGCUCAAUAGAAAAUGAGGCUUAAAGUCUAAAAAACCCUAUUGAGAAAAAUUAAGAUACAAAACUCAAAAUUCUCUGUUGGAAUAUCAGUUCUAUUAAAAAAAAUACAUUUUAGGAAAUUUAAUAACAAAAACCUCACCUAAUAUGCUUACAAGAAGUAAGGAACAAAGCAUUGAAAGAUUCAAUAAAAUAUAAGUACUUAUUUGAUCAGAAAAGAUCUCACCAUUCUGGUAGAAUAAUCAUAGGAAUUCAUAAAUAAUUUUAAAGUAGAAUAUAACCCAAUAUUACUUUGACUCAGAGAUGA